AUGCAGUCAUUCAAGUUCUUGGUUCUCCUUACGUGCGCCAUCUUGGCCAUCACCCCCGUAUCGUCCGACUUCUACAUCUAUAGGAUGUGGCAGACUUUUGCACAUCUUGAAGGGGGUACCGAGUCAUAUUCCGAGGAAUAUGCCUUCUUUCCCGGACCGCCAAGUUGCAACGACGUGGACGACCGAUGGCACGCACAGGACGGCAAGCACGACGUCAGCGGCCACAAGCACGGCGUGCGCUGUGAAGGAGACUGUGGCCCUUUCAAGCCUUUUGAUCCCAAGAUCGUCGAGUUCAACAACGGCAUCGGUCACUACACCUACUACAAGGAUUCGAAUGGCGAGUUGAGAGAUACCAGAGACAAGGUCGUUGGACAUUGCCAUUCCGACGCUUCGGACGGUGUGAAGUGUUUUUCCUAUCGCGCGGACAUGAAUGGGCUUGGAAUGUGGUAUGGGAACUCCAUGGUAUACUGCGAGACAAGCCUCACUGCUUGCAAGGUGUUCUACGACCCCAAGGUUGAGAAGCAGUGCUAA